AUGGAAGCUAAUACUAUAAAGCCUACCAUAGUUACCUAUAGCUCACUUCUUAAUGGAUUCUGCAAAAGUGAAAUGAUGAAGUUAGCUAUUGAAACGUUUUAUAAGCUUGAGAAUUCUGGAUACAAAUUUGAUCAGCUUGCUUACAGUAUCUUAAUAAAUGGAUUUUGUGCUCAAGGAAAUCUCACUUCAGCCUGUAAGCUACUGGUGGAGAUGAUCAAAAACAAUGCAGCCUAUGCCUAUAAUGCAGUCAUUAACAGGCUUUGCAAAGAUAAGAAACCAGAAAAGGCCUUGGAAGUACUUCCAAUCAUGCUUAAGAGGAACACAUUGCACGUUGCAAGUUUUAACUCUCUUAUUGAUGGUUUUGCUAAACAAUCCGAUUCAGAGAAGGCUUACAUGUUGCAUGAGAAUAUGCAAAAACUUGGGAUUUAUCCUAACGUAGUCACAUGGACAAUUUUUGUUAACAUAUUAUGCAUGGCAGGCCAAGUGGGAAAAGCCAAUGAGCUUCUGAGAGAUAUGAUUAUGAUGGGAUUGAAUCCUGAUACCAUCUCUUACACCUCCAUGAUGGCUGGCUAUAGUAAAAAUGGAUAUGUGAUGGAGGCCUUCAAGUUGUUCAAGAAAAUGCCAUGUAUGCCUUCUUUUGUUACUUAUAAUUGCCUCAUUGAUGGAUGUUGCCAGAAUAGCAAAAUACAAAAAGCCUAUAAACUUUUCAGGGAAAAGGUAUUGGAUCCUGAUAAGGUCGCUUACACCUCCAUGAUCAAUGGCUUAUGUAAAAUGGGAUAUAUGAAUGAGGCUUUCAAAUUGUUCGAGGAAAUUCGACCAAAGAUGCCUUUUGUUGUUACCUAUAGUUGCCUAAUUGAUGGAUUUUGCAAGGAAGGGCGAAUAGACAGGGCCGAGGUGCUGCUAGGUGAAAUGCGAAAACAGAAUGUCUCUCCUGAUGUCAAAAUUUAUAACAUAAUGAUUUGUGGAUACAAAAGACGUGGACAAUUGGAUCUAUCUUAUAAAAUGUUUAAUGAGAUGAUAGACGAAGCUAUCUUGCCGGAUGAUGUUAUCUACAAAACCCUAGGGCUGAGACAAUUGGAUAAAAACCAGAUGUCAAAUAAGACGGAAUUUGCUAAGCCCAACCAAUAA